AUUAUUACAAAGAUGGAAUUAAAUCAAAUGUUAAAUCUUUAUUGCAACAUUUAGAAAAAGAAGAAUUACAAGAAGAGAAUGAUGAAGUAGAUAAUGUAGAGGAAAUAAAUAAAUAUGUAUUAAUAGAAAUAACUAUAAGAAAAGAGUUAAAAAUGUAUAUAAUUA